AUGGCAAAGCCAUUUACCUUGGUUUUCCUUCUUUCUAUCCUGUAUCCUUUUCAAUGGAUUUUAGCGAAACUUCGGAUAACGCGGCUGGCUCAGCGUUCUCUCCUCCACAUACUAGCUGCUGGAUCAAUUCCCCGACACGUUGGCUUCGUCAUGGACGGGAACCGGAGAUACGCAAGGGGUAAGGGAAAACUGGUGCAAGAAGGACAUGGAGAUGGAUAUUUGGCAUUAAGAAGGGUAUUAGAGAUAUGUCUCCGCCUGAACAUCCGCUGUGUGUCGGUGUAUGCUUUUGCGAUAGACAACUUCAAGAGGCCUCAGGAGGAGGUGACCGCUCUUAUGCAGCUAGCUGAGAGCAAGUUAAUGGAAUUGUGCUCCCAUGGUGAUCUACUACAAGAAUACGGUGUCAAGUUGAAUGUCAUAGGAAGGAGGAGUUUGUUUCCGGAGAGUGUACAAGCUGCAGUUCGAAAGGCGGAAGAAUUGACGGAAGGAAAUAAUCGCUCGAUUCUCAACGUCUGUAUGCCCUAUUCCUCGCGAGACGAGAUAACCACGGCAGUAGAAGAUUGUAUUCGAGAAGUACUAGCGCCUGCGAACGAUUUCAUGUCGUGCGAGAUAUCGGAGGAUACCAUCAAUUCGCAUUUAAUGUCCGUCAAACAAGGCAGCCCACCGCUAGACAUCCUUGUGCGUACGAGUGGGGUGAAGCGUCUGAGUGACUUCAUGCUAUGGCAGUGUUGCGAAAAUACUCAGCUACAUUUCAGUAACACCUACUGGCCUGAUUUCGGAUUAUUUGAUUUUGUGCCUAUUAUUUUGGAGUGGCAGAGAUCAGUGUGGUUCCGCAGACAAGAUGUCUGGCUUAGGGAUAGCCAUUCUCGAAAUAGAUGA